UUGAAAUGCGCAACUUCUGUCGACGUUGCCGCGUUUGUGAUUUAGUCAUUAUUUUUGAACAUUUUACACAUUACAGCGCCAACUUUUGUUGAAAGAAACUAAUGAGCUGCUUCACCAAUAAAAAUUUUUCAGGGUCACUAAAACCUGCUAAUUCAAUUAAGGGGUCUUAUGCUGCAAAAUUGUGCAAAAUGUGCCUUUCUAAAGUGGGUGCCAAUUAGUCCAAACUCCAGUCGAAAUCUGGCAACACAACCAGCAGCUGUCGACUGUGUCAAUUGUCAAAGUUUUCCUAGUCAUUAUCAAAAAUCAACAAUCAUCCUAUAGCUUUGCUAAGGAAUUUUUAAAUUUUCCAAAACCCUUCUGGAUUUCGUGGGUGUGAACUAGGAAUAAAAUGUCGCGUGGCAGCAGCGCCGGUUUCGACCGUCACAUCACGAUUUUUUCCCCCGAGGGGCGCCUCUAUCAAGUGGAAUACGCUUUUAAAGCCAUCAACCAGGCCGGCCUCACUUCUGUGGCUGUUAAGGGGAUUGAAAAUGCUGUUUGCGUUACCCAGCGAAAAAUCCCUGAUAAGCUCAUUGAUGCCAGUACCAUCACCCGCUUAUUCCAGCUAACGGAUAACGUUGGAUGCGUUAUGACUGGAAUGUUGGCUGAUAGUAAGUCUCAGGUACAGAGGGCCAGGUAUGAAGCUGCUCAGUUCAAGUACAAGAAUGGCUAUGAGAUGCCCAUUGAUACUUUGUGUAGGCGGGUAGCUGAUAUAUCGCAGGUCUACACUCAAAACGCCGAAAUGCGUCCCUUGGGGUGCUCGAUGGUUCUAAUCGGAUACGACGAUAUAAUUGGACCGUGCGUUUAUAAAACUGACCCAGCUGGGUACUAUUGUGGAUAUCGCGCAAUUGCUGUCGGAGCGAAGCAAACUGAAGCCAACAGCUUCCUGGAAAAGAAGUUGAAGAAGAAGCAGGAUCUGCAGGACGACGAUGCCAUCCAACUGGCCAUCAGUUGCCUGUCGAGCAUUUUGGCCGUCGAUUUCAAGCCCGACGACAUUGAGGUGGCUGUUGUAUCGAAGAAUAAUCCAAAGUUCACCGUUCUGGAAGAAAAGGAAAUCGACAGACAUCUGACUGUUAUUGCUGAAAAGGAUUAGGGUUUAUAAGUUCACUUUUCUAAAUAAAUGAUUUUUAUUGUC